UGUGGUUGGGGAAAAAAAAGUGAGCGCAGCCAGCUAAAUCUAAAGUGGCCUUUUCUGGAAAAGUACUGGAGUGGACGCCAGCAGUCCGGUUUCUCCGGGUGUAAAUUCGGGUUUCGGGGUUUGAAAAAUGACCCAGACAUGGAGGGUGGUGUUGUAGGAGCAGCUGGAGAUGAUUUGAGACGGAAUAUGUUUCGAAAGAAGCUCCUAAAAUGAGCAGCGAGAGCUAAGUUUACUUCUUGACUUUAGCUAGCUUGUGAUGGUAGCUAGCUAACGUGAGGAGAGCUGUGUAGAUUAGCUGCUUUUAAUAAACCUGAUCUGUAAAUGGAGUGGGUCCAUCAGGAUCUGUCCCAAAAUCUCAAAAGCGAUGCUGGGAAACGGAGCUCUGGGUCGGGACUGGGCGUUGGACCGAAAUACGGUUCCUCCGGGUUGGGCUCGGAUAAGCUGGCGGAGGACUGGUGCGACAGCGGCCUGGAUUCACUCAUCAGCGCCGAGUUUAUCAGCGUCGACGGCUCCGAGCCGGUACCGAUCACCGCCGAGCACCCGGAUUCCUGGAGCUCGGUCCGCUGCGGUGUGACUCUGGACGGGACCGAGACCGACAGGCUGGACUCCGCCAUCGGGGACUCGAUCAACGACGACGAGGCAGUGAGGAACCUGUCUGAGCGCAUCGGUACCGUGAUCCUGAGCGAACCAAGCGGUACGCUGACCCAUCAGCCCGGCCCGGAAGUGCAGGAUCGGCGGAGAGAGGAGAUCUUCAGCACGCUCAGCUUCAUCUCCGAGGACGGAGACACGGUGCUGCACCUGGCACUCAUCCAUGAGCAGUGGGAUUUUUUUCAUCACCUGCUGGAGCUCAUCACCCUCAACCCCACCUGGACACCUUACCUGGAUAUCCAGAACGACCUGGGACAGACGGCGCUGCAUAUGGCCGUGAUCGUGGGCCACAGCGAGUGUGUGUGUGCGCUGCUGAGAGCCGGAGCGAGUGUGGAGCUGCAGGAGAGAGGAGGAAACACUGCACUGCACCUGGCUGUGUGUGAGCUACACACCGAGUGUGUGAGAGAGCUGACGAGCUCGAGACGCACUCUGCCCCAACAUCUCAACAUCUACAACUACGCAGGAGUGAGCGCUCUGCAUGUGGCUGUACAGAAGGGGAGCUGUGACAUCAUCACCACGUUGCUGGAGGCUGGUGCCGAUGUGAACCUGAUGGAUCAGGGUUCGGGUCGCUCACCGCUGCACUGGGCUGUGGAGUGUCAGAACAUUUCUGCUGUGGAGCUGCUGCUGCAGUGUGGCGCGAGUGUGGAUCAGCGCUCUUACUCCGGACACACGCCUCUCUACUGCGCCCUCUACAGGCCUGACGCAUGUCUGAGGGAGCUGCUCCGGAGCGCCGGGGCGUCUGACGAUUACAGCGAUGAAGAUGAAGAGGAGGAGGAGGAAGAGGACAGAGAGAGCGAUGAGGAGGAGUUUGAUGAUGUCAUCAUCAAUGGACAGCGAGUGCUGUAGCUGCUGAGAUGCAUGUGACCGGGGCGACUAGUAUCAGCUGCAAGUGUGUGUGUGUGUGUGAGUGUGAGAUUAGCGGUACAGGUUAGACCUCGCUGUGCUGUACAGUUGGAUGCGUGUUGUUUUUGAAGCAGUAAAAUGGCUGAAGCUCAGACAGUUAAGACUGCAUGAGGCAGCGCUUCAGCAUUUCACUCACCCUCGGGAUCGUACUUUACACUUCAGACCACCAAAAUCAGCAGCGCCUGUUUCUGUUUUACUGUUUCACACUUUUCAAUCCCUCACACAUCAGAGGUGGGGGUUUUUAAGCUAAAGACAAAGCAGUGGCAGCUCUGAGCUUCAUCAUUCUCUCUCUCUCUCUCUCUCUCUCUCUCUCUCUGUGUGUUCUUUACACUUCCUAGCCUUCAGUUCUGCUCAAACACUUGGAGGUGGUGUGUGUUCCGUAUGGCAGGUGUGUUGUGAAUAUUCGAAAAAGUUCUUCAAGGAGCAGCGCGGCCGAAACCGGAGUGUUCAGGAUGGAACUAGUGAGCAGGACACGGACAGUUUAGAUUUGCACUGAAGCUGCUGAUGAGUCAUGAGUACAGGAAGCUUAAAGCGUGAUCAGCACCAUCCUGCAUGCCUCACUUAAAAGCAUCAUUUGGAUCAAUAGUGAAUUCGUCAAACACCAGAAACUAAAAUUCAGGAUGUUUGAUAUUUAAAAAAGAAACUGGGGGGGGGGAACAACACGAAACAGUACUCUCAGUCUAAAGUCCUUCCCAUGCCAUAUGGCACAUAGGGCAGCGCCGAGCUCUGUUUCCGUAGCCCUCCAUGAGUUGGCCUAGCGGUUAGCGUGUCCGCCUCUCGAUCAGGAGAUAGCGAGUUCUGCUCACGGUCGGGUCAUACAAAAGACCAUCGUAAAAAUGGUACCUACUGUCGUCUGGCAAGGCACGCUGCAAUACAGAUGCGAGUGGGGAGUCAAACUCUCGCGGUUACCAGAGGACCCGCCCCCCACUGUAACCCUAGCUAUGUAAUAGGUGAGAGGCUGAGGGCUAUGGAAACGGAGGGAACAGUACUACUACUACUACUACUAAUAAUAAUAAUAAUAAUAGAAAUCUUGUACUGUUGCAUAAAACAAAAGCAUUCAUGAAAACGACCAAUUACUUUCUAUAGAGUUAAUGUUAAUUUAAAAAAAAAUUGAUUGAAAUGCAAUUAAAAAAAAAAGUCCCUAAUAAUUCAUAAAAGUACAAGAGAGAAAAAUACUUAUUAUCGACCCUUUAAGUUAAAUCUUUGACAUAUUAAUUCUUGUAAAAUAAGUUAAUCAGUAGAUUUAAUCAAUUUAAAUUAUACUAUUUAUUUGGUUUUUUUUGGAUGGUUGCAUAAAACAAAAGAUUGAUUUUUCAGUCACUUUUAAAAGCUACAACAUGACAAAAAGAAUCACUGUUAUUAUCGAAAGGUUUGUCCUUUUUAAUCGGACGAAGAUCGACCAAACUGACCAUGAUAACUAAAACAAAAGAAAUUCAGAUAGUAAAUAAUUAUACAUGAAAAUCAUGCUUUCAGUUAGUGGGGCGGGGGAGAGAGAGAGAGAGCCCUUGCGUUAACUGGGGUUUUAAUUUUCAACAUUUUUAUGUUUCAGAUUAUUUCACUGAAUAUGUUUGACUUGUUUUUGGAAAGAUCUUUGGAAAGAAAAUAAUUAUGCAACUGAAAUUGGAGCUUUCUGACCAUCUGAACCACUUCUCACUCCAGGCCACACAGCUUCAGGAUGCAGCAACGACUCUGAACUCUCCAGCAUCAUUUUAAUUUUUAAUUUUUUUUUUAAAAACAGAUAACAGUAUGUCAGGAGGUGAGGUAGGUGUGCGUGUGGGCCGUAUAAACUCCUCAUUAGCCUGGUAGCUGCAGAACAAAAGACACUAGAUUUUUAGGACUUUGAACAAUAAAUGCAUUUGAUCUUUCGUUGAACUUUGAGUUCAAAGCUGUAAGAGCUUUAAAUAACUUUUCUUUUUAAGUGACUUAACGGAUUAAUCACAGAUUAAUUACUUUAGACUUGUUGUUUAGCUGCUGAGUUGAAAACAGAAUUUUUCUGGCUGUCGGUCUCGAGUUAAGGUCGAGUGAGUUACGAAUUAAUCUUAGCUCAUAGCUACUUGAUAUAGCAGUUUUGCCAUGAAAAGGAAAUUUAAGUAGUAGCGUUUAUGCUUAAGCUUCAUUGAUGUAUAGAUGAUGCCUUGCAAUAAAUGAAGCAAGUGGAAUUUAUAUAUAACGAUAUUUAUAGUGUUUGUCACAGCUUUGAUGGUGAGUGUUCGAUUUCUAACAAGUUUUUCAACAUAGAUAUAGGAGUUGUGUUUUUUGUUUGUUUUUUCUGGUGGGGAAGAAGAAUAAAAGUAGCAGAAUGAAUAAAAAUUAAAGUCCGGCAUCAGAAUUUUCUGUCCAUUUUCCUCCCAGUUGUUCAUCCAUAAAUUAAAACCCAACAAUAGUAGUUUGCAUUAAUUCACAAGCGUUCCCAAAACCAAACCGUGUUCCAGAACAAACUCCAAAACUGUCCACAUGACCCUGAAAGCUUUAACGCUGCCCAUUUAGAUUUUCUCUUUGCACAACUUACUAUUGUAACAUUUCCCCCACCCCCCACAAAACAACUCCGCCUCUUUAAGAAAACCAGAAACUGUGUUUGACUUCAAAAUGAAAUGGUUUUCACUUUGAGCUGAAUUUUUGUCAAUGCUGAUUUCCCUGUUAAUCUCACAAAGCUCUUUCAUUAAGUACUACGUCAAUACAAUGUAAUUUGAAGUGAGCACAUAGAUUUGGACUUUUUAUGGUGGGGGAAAUGCCAUAAUUAAAAGAGAGUUGAGUUUGCGAUGAGGAUUUGGCCGAAGAUCUAUGUUGUUUACUUGAGGACAUGAGGUCGUUUCCAGAAGUUGUUCACCCAUAAAUCAAUAAACGUAGCAGUAAAAAUUCAUGUUUCACUGUAGCACAGAUAUCAGAGUUUAAGUUAGAAACUUAAACAAACCCAAGACACUUUUUUUUUUUUCUCCAUCAAGUUAUUCGUUUAACUCUCAGUCACUUUGCUACAAACCAAGAUCUGAGAUUCUUUCAUACUGUGUUGGAAUUGGGACAAGAAAGUCACGAGUAGGCCUGAUGGAUGAGGUGUGUGUGUAUGAAACAGAUGGGAACCUGUAAGUCGAUUAUGUAGUGAUACGAUAAAUGGAAUAAACAACACAAACUA